AUGACCGACAACGCGCCCGGCCUUGUGGCCGCGAACGCAACGACCAUUGACGAUCCCAAGCUCAAAGCCUUCCUGGCCUCGGCCGUCUUUGUCGUGCCAUGGCUUGCGUGGCAGGCCUUUGUGCUAGGCACGAGCUUCCGCCAGCGCCGCGGCAAGCCUGUCGCUGACACCAAUGCGCUGGCCGAGGGCGCGGCCAAGCUCCAAGCCGCUGCCAAAGCGGCCAAAGAAUGGGGCACCGACGGGACCACGGACGCCGCCAAUGCGUCACCGGAAACGCCGGCCGAAACGUCGGCCCAGACAUCGGCGUCACCCACUGACGCCGCAGAGCCGCCUGCCAGCCGGGGACGCCCCCUGCUGUUCAUGGCCGGCGCGUCGCUGCUGUUCAUGUUCACCAAGGCCUGGCUGGCGCGCGUGCUGGCCCUUGUGCCCGAGCCGUACCUCGACGAGUUCUUCCACGUGCCGCAGGCUCAAAAGUACUGCGCCCGGCAAUGGUACGACUGGGACGACAAGAUCACGACGCCGCCGGGGCUGUACUUGGUGUCCGUGGCCCUCGAGGCCAUGUGGAGCGGCGUCCAGGACGGCUGCCACAUCUGGGCCCUGCGCGGCGCCAACAGCGUCGCCAUCAUGCUGGUGGCCGUCGCCGCGAGCUCGUGCCGUUCGGCGCUCGAGCAGCAGCACCAGAGCCGCCACCGCCGCCGCCAUGGAGGCAAGACGACGCCGGCGGCGACCGCCAGUUUGCUGUCCCUGUUUGCCUACCACACCGGCCUCAACGUCGCCCUCUUCCCCGCCCUCUUCUUCUUCUCGGCGCUGUACUACACCGACGUCUACUCGACCUUGUUCGUGCUGCUCGCCUACCGCCUGCACCUGUUCCGCGUCAGCGUGCCCGCCAACGAGGACGUGCCCGCCUGGAGCGACCUGCUGGCCGUCGUGGCCGGCUUCGCCGCCCUCGUCAUGCGCCAGACCAAUGUCGUUUGGGUCGUGGUGUACCUCGGCGGCCUCGAGAUUGUGCAGGCCGCCAAAACGGUGCGUGACCAGCCGGCCCACCGCGCCGCGCUGCGGGCCGCCCAGCCCCAGACGUUCGACUCGUUUGCCAGCAUGGUGCGUCUGUAUGCUUGGCGCUACUCGCUUGGCGACGUGCACGACCCGUCCCUGGCCAACGCGUGGCCCGACGACUGGGUGCUGUCGCUGGUGAGCGUGGCGGUCGCCGCCGUCAGCAACCCUCUGGUGGUGCUGCGGCGCGCGUGGCCGUACGCCGCCGUCGUCCUGGGCUUUGGCCAGUUUGUCGUGUGGAACGGCGGCGUCGUGCUGGGCGACAAGGCCAAUCACGUCGCCACACUUCAUGCGGCGCAGCUGCUCUACCUGUGGCCGCUGCUGGCCUUUUUCUCAGCGCCGCUGUUUGUCACACAUGCCGCCUACUAUCUGUCUGUGGCAUGGAAGGCGGUUGCGGGAGGCAAGCAUAUUGGUGACGAGGACAACAAGGGCGACCAGGAGGCCGAGGUGGCGCCACCCCUGUCUCACGCCGCGUUCCCCAACGGCGAUGAAAAGACCAGCACGCACAAGCUGCUGCGUCUGCUGCACGUCGUCUUUGUCAACAAGGCCUACUACCCCGUUUAUCUCGUGGUCGUCUUUGACGCCAUGGUGGCCGUCGUCUACUUCAACACCCUGAUCCACCCCUUUACGCUCGCCGACAACCGCCACUACAUGUUCUACGUCUUCCGCUACACGAUCCGCCGCAGCAUCGUCGUGCGGUACGCGCUGGUGCCGGUGUAUGCGCUGACCGGCUGGGCGUGCUGGCGGAUCCUGUGGCUGGGCCUGGGUGCUGCUCGCAGCAGCCUUGACGAAGCCGCGGCGGGCGAGUCCAUUAGCUCGCCCUUUGCGUCGGGCCAGUCGAUCAUUUCGGACGAUGACGUGGAGGGCGUGGACGGCAAGGAGGGCGAGGAGGACAACAACGCCACGUCGUCCGCCGUCGACAACAAGAAGCUGACUGCGCGCCAGCGCAAGGAGAAGGCCAAGGAGGCCAAGAAGUCAAAAAAGGGAAAGAAGACCGGGACGGAGGGGGACCACGAAGCGCCUGCCGCCGAUGCUGCCAUGCAGGAGACGGGCCCGCCGGCCGUCUUCUUGAGUUUCUUGGACGAGGACGAGGACGGCGCGGCCACCGCGUCGCGCACAGGCCCCACGACAUCGACGGCCCUUCUCUGGCUGCUGGCCACAUCGCUGUCGCUGGUGACGGCGCCGCUCGUGGAGCCGCGCUACUUUAUUCUGCCGUGGGUGUUUUGGCGGCUGCUUGUGCCGGCGGCCACACCAAAAGCAGCGAGCAACGAGAAGAAGACUGUCCUUGCCGCCCUCCUGGGCAAAGUGGACGCCCGGCUGUUCCUCGAGACGGCGUGGUUUGUGGCGAUCAACGUGGCCACCAUGUGGGUGUUCUUGUUCCGGCCGUAUGUGUGGCGGGGACCGGACGGCAGUCUUCUCGAUGAAGGCCGUCUGGAGCGGUUUAUGUGGUAG